GGUUGGAUAGAUCAGAUUUUGAUGAUGUGAACCACAUGUGAUGGAUCGAUCGAUUUCGAACCGGACAUUGAACCCAUGCGAACCGUUCUUUGACUGGAAUGGGUAAUUUGGCAUGCACGCGGUGGGUGCAGUGAAAGCAAUGAGAAUACUGCCCUCGCGGUGGCUGCAACGAAGCCAAUUUGGAUUCUGGAAGAUGCAGAGUCUCUCUGUUCAUCGAAGCCUGGAAAAGGCUGCUUUAGCGAGAGGAUAAGAGACCGGAAGGGGAACGCUGGCCGUAGGAGUGUGAAAGCAAUAUCCUCGACGCCGGUUGCUGAAUUGAUGUGGCCGUCAGAUUUGUCGAGCGUGCUUCCACGCCUUCCGUAAUUAUCCCAAGAGGAAAAAGACGAAGGUGCAGAUGGAACACGUUUUCCUUCUGCUGCUGCCGCAGUCGCCCGACGUUUGUCUUCCUCGAGUGGAAGCCCUGCGCUUUUCUUAUUCCUCAUCUGUUCUCUCUUGUGAAACCUCAUCACUGGAGUGUGGCGCCCGCGGCGGGGUUCGACUUGGAACGCCUUCUUCCCUUACCAUUCACUCUUAUCACUCCCAUACACACUAUAUAUGUGUGUGUGUUUAGGCUAAAUACCUGUCAGCGACGUCUCCAACUCGAAGCUUGCACGGCCUUUCCGUUCUGUGCUCUGAUCAUGGACUUUGAGGGUUCCUCCUCCUCCUCGUACUCGUGCUCCUCCUCGUCCUCGGGUCUCUCGACCGCAUGGGCGCCGGGGCCGUCACCAAAGCGGAAGGCCGGGCGGAAGAAGUUCCGGGAGACGCGGCACCCGGUGUACCACGGCGUGCGGGAGCGCAACGGGGGGAAGUGGGUGUCCGAGGUGCGGGAGCCCCGGAAGAAGAGCCGAAUAUGGCUGGGCACGUUCCGGACGCCGGAGAUGGCUGCCAGGGCGCACGACGUGGCCGUCAUCGCGCUCCGGGGCGCGUCCGCCAGCCUCAACUUCCCCGACUCGGCCUGGGCGCUGCCCCGAGCGGAGUCGGCGGCCGCGGAGGACGUCCGCCGUGCCGCGGUCGAGGCAGCCGAGAUGUUCGGACCGUGGGACCCGAAAUCGCCGCCGAAGCCAGCUCCCGAGGCCGCAUGUAGGCCACCGGCGGUGUUCUUGGACGAGGAGGCGCUGUUCAACAUGCCGGAGUUGCUGGAGGACAUGGCGAGGGGACUGCUGGUGACUCCGCCGGCUGUGUUCGUGGACGAGGAGGCGCUGUUCAACAUGCCGGAGUUGCUGGAGGACAUGGCGAGGGGACUGCUGGUGACUCCGCCGGCGAUGCAGAAAGAGUUCGAUUGGGAUCGGGUGGCGGACUGCCACACGGACCUGCGGCUGUGGGCUGACUAGCUGAAGACAUCACAGUUACAGUGCAUUAAACAGCGAGUAUAUAUAGGAUCCAUUGAGUUCUCAUACUACGUACGAAAGUGCUCUCUCUCUCUCUCUCAUCUUUGAUCUUAUAUCUUUCAGUCUGUAAACUUCUUCUUAAUCCAAAGAGAACACAAAUGUAUAUGUUUGUGUGCAUGGAAGAUUUCUUUUGUAUAGAUUGA